AUGAUCGCCGAUACUGAAUCUUCAGUUCAAACCCAUGGUCAAGAUUACAGAACGCACGAGUCAAAGUCAUCGUUCGGAUCGAGUGUCAGCUUCCACACCGUCUUCUCUUCCAUAUCUGAAAGCUCGUUCGGAUCGUCUCCAACAACAACACGGCAGCGAAGCGGGUGCGCGUUGAGCUCGGACCUUGACACGCCAACAGUGGACACUCGAGUACCCAAGCGGGAACGCUGCAUUGCAACCACGCACGGCCGCCCGACGCUCACUCGCCACACCACCGCUGAUACGUUUGGUAAAAAUGCCGAACCUUCCUCAAGAUCUGAGACUGACACUCUAGAGAGAUCAGACUUGCUGCAACAGCGACAAGGUAGUCGAGAGACCGAUCCUGAACACCUCCAUGGCCAUCCUGUAGAACUCGUUCCGAAACGUACGAUGUCAAGCUCCUCUCAUGGCAUCUCCUCUCGAGGUAUCGAUACACACGAGCCUCCUUUCGAACAACCUCCCACAAGAGCUUCGACCGCUGACCUCAACCAUGAACGCCAAUGCGCAGCCAUGCCGAAGCAAGGGUCGGGCCAAGCAACCGAGGACGAGGACACAUUCACAUCUGGAAGCAGCGCCGUCCCAACAUCCCCUGCCUACGUGGAUCCCAGCGCCAACAGCUGCGUCGCCCACCUUCCUUGUCGCAAAUCCACGUCAGCCUCAACCCUCCAGAGUACGAAACGCAACUCGCAGUCCACCAUCUGGUCCGACAAGGAACCACACAAGUCAGCCGACCACUCCACCUUGACAGGAUCGAUCGACUGGGGCGCCAAUUUCUGGUGUGUCGUCAGAGACCCCUUUCUGCCCGACAACACCUUCUUCGCUAAUCCGCAGACGGGCGAGUGUCGAUGGACCUUGCCCGCAGGAACCAUGGUGCUACCGCCGAAUGACGCUGGCGAGUGGUGGCAGCUGCUGGACGAGCAAACCGAGCAAGAGUAUUACUACCACACGCGCACACAAGAGUCUCGGUGGACGAGGCCGGAUAGUCGACAAGGGAUCGUGAUCCCUAUGCUGGCCAUUCAGAACUCGACUCAUGUCACACGUGCAACGAAGAAAGCGAGUUGCUGGGACAAGACCCGCGUCGAGCAGGAUGCAUCGAGUGCGGAUAAGGUCGAGGCUAUUGAUUCAUACGAAAUAGAGCAAGGUGUCGUCACGACACCCCUUCGACCACGAACAAAGUCUCUCCCCCUUUCUAUGCACCGACUCGGAUAUCAAGACGCGGGUCUGAUGCGUAACACACGCAGUAACAUUGACCGCCACCUUCCGAACCAGAACCACAAAAGCAAGUUCACGAGCAAAGACAACAAGAAAGAAGAGAACAUGUCCUUGGAAGAAUCGAAAGAGGAUCUCGCCAAACGAGCCAGACGCAGCAUUCUGAUUCGCGAUCAGAAGAUUUUGGAGCAUGCACGGCAGACAUCCGGUCCACCCUUCCGACCCGAUCCGACGCUCAUGAGACGUCCAACCGCGGCGCGGCACCCUCGACCGUCCACGACCGGUGCCAUCGCAAUGGAGCAGCAACUGACCCGUGCUCAGUUCCCCUCAACCAGCGACGCUCGCAAUCCGCUCCACUCCGAGUUCAGAUCGGGACCCAAGUCACGUUCAAACAAACGCUCCAAUGCAUCAUCAAGCAUCGUCAUCCAAAAGAUCGGCAAAGGUCUCGCCUUCAACGCUACCUCCUUCACACCUUCCAUCUCCUCUUCCUCUGCGCUACACCAUCAACGCUCCCUUCCCUUCCUGCAUCUCAAACGACAACGCUCAACCAUGCUCGUCGAUUCGAAGAGCGCUGUUCAACCCAACCGCCCAGUGCAGCCCGAUCGGACGCUGCAGUGGGGAUCAACUCGACCGACGUCGCAGAACGGCGUUGCCAUCGCAUUGAACGACGAGAGUGGAUGGUACGAUGACGAAAGCACCAAGAAAAGGACAAGAGCGAAAAUGAGGAUGAUCGACUUUUUCGCUUGCUUCACGCCGAGGCAACGGUGA